GGCGGGAGCGGGAGGAGCAGGAGAUGCUGCCAGCCCUCCCGGGGCCGCGCUCGCUCAUCCGCCGCCGCCACACGGAGCAGACGCGCGCCGGGAGCCGCGGGCCGGGCCAGCCGGGCCGCCGGGGCCCAGUGCGCCGCGCUCGCAGCCGGUAGCGCCGCCAGCGUCGUCGGCGCUCGCUCGGCAGCCGCGGGGCCCUAGGCCGUGCCGGGGAGGGGGCGAGGGCGGCGCCCAGGCGCCUGCCGCCCCAGAGGCAGGAUGAGCAUCGAGAUCCCGGCGGGACUGACGGAGCUACUGCAGGGCUUCACCGUGGAGGUGCUGAGGCACCAGCCCGCGGACCUGCUGGAGUUCGCGCUGCAGCACUUCACGCGCCUGCAGCAGGAGAACGAGCGCAAAGGCACCGCGCGCUUCGGCCAUGAGGGCAGGACCUGGGGGGACGCGGGCGCCUCUGCCGCCGCUGCCGGGGGUGGGACCCCCAGCAAGGGGGUUAACUUCGCCGAGGAGCCCAUGCACUCCGACUCCGAGGACGGGGAGGAGGAGGAGGCGGCGCCCGCAGACGCAGGGGCGUUCAAUGCUCCAGUAAUAAACCGAUUCACAAGGCGUGCCUCAGUAUGUGCAGAAGCUUAUAAUCCUGAUGAAGAAGAAGAUGAUGCAGAGUCCAGGAUUAUACAUCCAAAAACUGAUGAUCAAAGAAAUAGAUUGCAAGAGGCUUGCAAAGACAUCCUGCUGUUUAAAAAUCUGGAUCCGGAGCAGAUGUCUCAAGUAUUAGAUGCCAUGUUUGAAAAAUUGGUCAAAGAUGGGGAGCAUGUAAUUGAUCAAGGUGACGAUGGUGACAACUUUUAUGUAAUUGAUAGAGGCACAUAUGAUAUUUAUGUGAAAUGUGAUGGUGUUGGAAGAUGUGUUGGUAACUAUGAUAAUCGUGGGAGUUUCGGCGAACUGGCCUUAAUGUACAAUACACCCAGAGCAGCUACAAUCACUGCUACCUCUCCUGGUGCUCUGUGGGGUUUGGACAGGGUAACCUUCAGGAGAAUGAUUGUGAAAAACAAUGCCAAAAAGAGGAAAAUGUAUGAAAGCUUUAUUGAGUCACUGCCAUUCCUUAAAUCUUUGGAGUUUUCUGAACGCCUGAAAGUAGUAGAUGUGAUAGGCACCAAAGUAUACAACGAUGGAGAACAAAUCAUUGCUCAGGGAGAUUCGGCUGAUUCUUUUUUCAUUGUAGAAUCUGGAGAAGUGAAAAUUACUAUGAAAAGAAAGGGUAAAUCAGAAGUGGAAGAGAAUGGUGCAGUAGAAAUCGCUCGAUGUUCGCGAGGACAGUACUUUGGAGAGCUUGCCCUGGUAACUAACAAACCUCGAGCAGCUUCUGCGCAUGCCAUCGGGACUGUCAAAUGUUUAGCAAUGGAUGUGCAAGCAUUUGAAAGGCUUCUGGGACCUUGCAUGGAAAUUAUGAAAAGGAACAUAGCUACCUAUGAAGAACAAUUAGUUGCCCUGUUUGGAACAAACAUGGAUAUUGUUGAACCCACUGCAUGAAGCAAAAGUAUGGAGCAAGACCUAUAGUGACAAAAUUACACAGUAGUGGUUAGUCCACUGAGAAUGUGUUUGUGUAGAUGCCAAGCAUUUUCUGUGAUUUCAGGUUUUUUCCUUUUUUUACAUUUACAACGUAUCAAUAAACAGUAGUGAUUUAAUAGUCAAUAGGCUUUAACAUCACUUCCUAAAGAGUAGUUCAGAAAAAAAUCAACAUACCAAUAAAAUGACUUUGUACUCCACAAAAUUAUGACCGAAAGGUUUAUUAAAAUGAUUGUAAUAUAUAGAAAGUAUCUGUGUUUAAGAAGAUAAUUAAAGGAUGUUAUCAUAGGCUAUAUGUGUUUUACUUAUUCAGACUGAGAUAUUAGUGACUAUCCCCAUGUAAGAGGGCACUUGGCAAUUAAACAUGCUACACAGCAUGGCAUCACAUUUUUUUUUUUUUUUAUAACUCGUUAUACAGAGUAAAAUUUUAAUCAUUUUUGUUUUAAAGUUUUCUAGCUUGAUAAGUUAUGUGCUGGCCUUGGCCUGUUGGUGAAAUGGUAUAAAAUAUCAUAUGCAAUUUUGAAACUUUUUAUAUUUUUGCAAUAAAGUACAUUUUGACUUCGUUGGCAUAAUGUCAGUAACCUACAUAUUCCAGUGGGUUUAUGGACAGGCAGUUUAGUCAUUAUGAUAAUAAGGAAAAGAAUCUUUUAGAUGAGAGAUCAUUAACGCAUUUUUCCCAUAUCAAGCAUAUAUCUGCUUCCUCUUUUUAUUUUGCAAUUCUCCAUGUUCUAUAUCUUUAAAAAUUUGGGCCGGGCGCAGUGGCUCAUGCCUGUAAUCCCAGCACUUUGGGAGGCUGAGGCGGGCGGAUCAU